AUGUCCGCAAUCACAAGCGGGCCUUACGCAGCUCCAGAACCCCCAAAUGCUCCUUCGAAUCGGGCUAGCCAAGGGCCUACAAAUGGACAUACCAAUGGGCCUACCAAUGGGCCUACCAAUGGGCCUACCAAUGGAAAUAGCCAUGGAAAUAACCGAGGGAACAAUGGCAACCUGAAUACCUCUGCGAUGUACACAACUGGCUUUACUCACGGUUAUACACAGGGCUUCAUAACCGGCUUAACUCAGCCUGAGAAACCGAACCAGAAACCAAUCGCAAUUGUUGGAAUGUCAUGUCGUCUACCUGGCGAUGUUAGUACGCCUGAUCAGUUGUGGGAGUUGUGUUCUCGCUCUAGGACAGGAUGGACAGAAAUUCCUAAGGAGCGUUUCGAGAGCGCAAGCUUCCACCAUCCAAACCCUGGAAAGCGCGGAUGCUUCAAUCCGACCGGAGGAAACUUCUUGAAAGAGGAUCUCGGCCUGUUCGAUGCGCCUUUUUUCAGUCUCACCGCGCAAGAGGCGACAUCUAUGGAUCCUCAGCAGCGUAUCCUACUCGAGUGCACGUUCGAAGCACUUGAGAGUGCAGGUAUUCCCAAACACACGAUCGUGGGACAGAAUGUUGGUGUUUUCAUAGGCGGGUCAUUUUCCGAAUACGAGUCGCAGCUCUUUGCGGAUACAGAAUCCAUUCCAAUGUAUCAAGCUACAGGUAAGAAACGGGUCCAUCGAGCUUUCCCACUUCUUCGAUCUUCGCGGACCCAGCUUCACGAUGGACACAGCCUGCUCGUCGAGUCUCGUAGCGCUGCACCAGGCCUGCCAGAGUUUGCGAACGGGGGAAUCAAAGAUGGCGCUCGUUGGGGCAUGCCAUUUGAACACAUUGCCGGAGUUCUGGAUAUCGUUCUCAAUGUCACGGGAGAUCGUUCUCCUUUGAUGACCGUGGUACAGGCUCUAGCAGACAACGAUAACAUUCGCGCUGUGGUCGUAGGAAGUGGAAUAAAUCAAGAUGGCAAAACACCUGGAAUAACUAUGCCAAACGGCGAUGCGCAAGAGUCACUCAUUCGAUCGGUCUACCAAGACGCCGGCCUCAAUCCCAAAGAUACUGGCUACGUUGAAGCUCAUGGUACGGGUACAAAAGUGGGAGAUCCCAUCGAAGCAGCUGCACUUCGGAAUGUGUUUAGCGAAGGCCGGACUGCGAGGACGCCUCUGUUCGUCGGAUCUGUGAAAUCGAACAUUGGCCAUCUUGAAGCAGCUGCGGGUAUCGUUUCAGUCAUAAAGACAGCACUAAUGCUUGAACGGGGAUUUAUAUUGCCGAAUUACGAUUUCAAGAAACCCAACGAGAAAAUCCCUCUUGCCCAGUGGAAUCUCAAGGCAAGUUCCGGUCGUCCAAUGCCCAUGGCCAAGGGGAAAACGCCCAGUUCGGUACAGCCCAGAAAACUUUUCGUCUUUUCUGCCAACGACAAGACCACGCUGGAGGCCAUGAUGAAGAACAUCGGGAUUUAUCUCGAGCAACGGCCCGAAAUUUUCCAAAGUGAAUUGUUGACCAAUGUCUCUUAUACGCUUGGACAACGGCGGUCAUUUAUGCAGUGGAGAGUCGCUAUUUCAACGCCGACCUCGUUUGAGCUGAUUGAGACUCUGAACAGCGGAAAAAUUACUCCGACUCGACAAACCGAUUCACCCAGAAUUGGGUUCGUCUUUACAGGCCAGGGUGCUCAAUGGAGUGCAAUGGGUCGCGAACUGUACGCGCAAUACCCUGUCUUCAAACAAACGAUGGACGCCUGUGAGAAAUGCUUGGUGUCGCUUAACGCGACUUUCUCGCUUCUAGAUGAGCUAAGUAAGGAUGCUGAGACAUCGGCCAUCAACGAAGCCCAUAUCAGCCAGCCUGCGUGUACAGCGAUCCAACUGGCCCUGACAGAUUUAAUACGGUCUUGGGGAAUUUCUCCCACCGCCGUUGUAGGCCACUCGAGUGGAGAGAUUGCGGCCUCUUACGCCGCUGGCAUCUUACCUCUGGCGUCUUGCAUGGCAAUUUCGUACUAUCGGGGAAUGGCUAUUGUGAAUUUGAAGAAACAUUUCCCCAAAUCAAAGGGGGGUAUGAUGGCCGUCGGGGGCGGCGAAGAAGAUAUUGCGCCACUCAUCGCUCAACUCAAAGCUAAAGAAGUCAGAAUUGCUUGCUACAACAGCCCAUCGAGUCUUACUAUCUCAGGCGACGUGGAAGCGCUGGACGAGCUGCAGACGCUGGUCGAAGCGAAGCAAAUUUUUAACAGGAAGCUCCAAGUUGACGUCGCCUACCACUCCCACCACAUGAACUUGGUUGCCGAUAAGUACGCUGAGCCCCUGGAAUACAUUGAUCAGCCAGUGAACACAGAUGUGUUGUUUUACUCUUCACUACAUGGUCAUCUCGUUGAGGGCUUAGAGCUUGAGCCAUCCUACUGGGUUGACAAUCUCACGAACGCGGUGCGAUUCUCAGAAGCCCUCACCAGCAUGUGCAAGCCCGUCGAUGGCUACAAAACUGGCGUCGACAUGCUCAUCGAGAUUGGACCUGCUGCUGCGCUCGCGGGCCCUAUCAAGCAGAUUUUGAAAGCAAGUGGACCAAAUGCAGCGGCAAUACCUUACUGUUCAGCUCUGGUAAGAAAAAAGGACGCCGUUGAGUCAGGAAUGGACCUAGCAGCUAUGCUGUUCCUCAAGGGGGCGCCUAUUGACCUCGCUGCCGUCAACUUCCCAGUCCUCAAGAAGGUGCCUACAUUGCUAGUAGAUUUGCCUCGUUAUCCUUGGAAUCAUCAAACGAAAUACUGGCACGAAUCAAGACUGGUCCAAAAGCAUCGGAACCGAGCAACUCCGAGAAAUGAUAUUAUUGGGACUGUAGCGAACUACUCGAACGACUUGGAGCCAACGUGGAGGAAUAUUCUUCGUAUCGACGAACUUCCUUGGCUUCGACAUCACAAAAUCCAGGGUCUCACACUAUUCCCGAUGUCAGGUUUCCUGUCCAUGGCCAUCGAGGCUGCGUCUCAGAGAGCAGCAACACGCGGAUCUCACUUUGAGACAUUUGUCCUCCGCGAUGUUAAUGUCACGGCUCCGCUUAUGAUCACCGACCAAGAUAUCGAGACGACUAUCCAGCUUCGGUCUGCCCAUGAUGGCCCCUCUGCUUCCUCGGAGACAUGGGAUGAAUUCAGGAUUCACUCAUAUGUCGAUGGAAAGGGGUGGACAGAGCACUGCAAAGGAUUUGUUGGCGUCCGAGAACACGAGACGAAUGACUUUGAUCGGGCCAAACUCGCCGAGAGUUCGAAGAACCUGUUGGGCGCCAGUAUCUCGGCAAUCGAAAGCGAAAGCACAAUCCAAGUAGACAAGGACAAGAUGUACAAUUCUCUCUCUGAGCUAGGAGUUGCUUACGGCCCUACUUUCCAAGGAAUGAAUGAUUGCAGGGCAGGCGUCACCUGCGCCCUUGCUAAUAUCACGACCGAGGACACCUCGCAAGAAAUGCCGCAAGGCUUCCAGUCCAGUAAUGUUAUCCAUCCAGCUUUCCUGGAACAGCUCAUCGAGAUGUACUGGCCAAUUUUCGGUGCUGGGCACAAGCCCCUCGAUACGGUCUACCUCCCUUCCUCGAUUGGAGAAAUGACAGUAUCUAGGAACGUUACCGAGCUCACGAGUAAACCUGGGAACUCUCUUCGAGGAUACUGCCGAGGCGUUGCGCCCUUAAUGCACCCUAAGCCGGUGCAGGUAUCGAUGUUCGCGACUGCUGGUGUUGUUGAGUUGAUUAUCAAGGUCGAAAACCUGACCAUUUCCCCGAUUCUGGAACGAGAGAUGGCAGCAGAAGAAGGGUCACACAGAGAGCUCUGCUUCAAGCUAGAUUGGGAGCCUGUCGUGGAGAACGCUCACCUCUUGAACGGAGCGGCCGCGCCCCAGGCCAAUGGCACCGUAACGGAUACGGUGCUUAAAGAAUCUUCGCAAAAUGGCGACUUGAACACUAUACAAGCCAAAGUAGUGAUUGUACACGGAGACUCCGAGGCCCAGGUCAAACUUGCAUCAGCUCUGGCUGAUGCGUUGGAGCGAUCGGCCGGACAGAGACCAGAAAUCGGCACUCUCGGCAAAGUGCAAGGUAGCGAGAAACUGUGCAUAUUCAUCUCAGAGCUCGGCGAACCCUUGCUAUCAUCGCUCACGUCGACACAGUUUACAGAGUUGCAGAAGCUGCUGACAGCAGUGCAAGGUAUACUAUGGACUGUACGGGGUGCAUAUGCGGAGUCUGCGAAACCCGAUACCAACAUGGUCACGGGGCUCAGUCGAAGCAUCCGGUCUGAGACUCUACUCAAAUUUGCAACACUUGAUUUGGAUCCGCAGUCUGAAAUGACCGAGGAGCUCACUGUCCAGACAAUCUUGAAGAUCUUCACAUCCACUUUUGGCUCUAAAGCGGAUUCGGAGGGCGAGUUGGAAUACAUGGAGAGGAAAGGCUCAUUGUUCACUCCUCGGAUCGUCAAUGAUGAAGAGAUGAACGAGUACGUGCACAAGCAAAUAAAUGCUUCGGUACUUGAGCCAACACCGUUCUCUGCAGAUGGGUGCGCGUUGAAGAUGACAAUUGGAACUCCUGGCUCUUUCGAUACCCUUCAUUUCGUCGAAGAUGCGUCUGUUGAAGCAUCGCUUGCCGAGGAUGAGAUCGAGAUUGAGGUCAAAGCUAUUGGCAUGAACGCACAGGAUCUCCUCGUCGCGCAUGCCCAGCUGGAAACCAACGAUUUUGGCAUGGAAUGCAGCGGCAUUAUUACCAGGGUCGGAGCCACGGUCCUCAACUUCUCGCCCGGCGACAAAGUGGCCGCAAUCUCGAUGUCUCAUAGUACCUAUUCGAGCUACACUCGCACCAAAGCUGCGUUUGCCCUCAAGAUCGCAGACGCAUUGCCCUUCGAAGCUGCCGCAACGAUCCCGAUUGCACACAGCACUGCGUACUACGGUCUCAUCGAUCUCGCACGACUUCAGCAAGAGGAGAUAGUACUGGUUUACGACGGUGCCAGCCCCGUUGGCCAGGCUGCCGUCGCAUUGGCGCGGGUGUCUGGUGCUGAGGUCUUCGCCACGGUUGGUACUGCUGAAGAGAAAGAGAUUCUCAUGCAGUCUUGCAACGUCGCAAGCGAUCACAUCUUCUCCAACCACUACGGAUCGUUUGGUCAGGGAAUCCGCCACAUGACCCAGAAUCAAGGCGUCGAUGUGGUGCUGAAUUGCACUGCUACCGAUGCCGAAAGGUCUAGGGAAUUAUGGCAGACGCUUUCCAGCUUUGGGCGUUUUGUAGCCAUCGGCAAGAGUUCGAAAUUCGACACCACCCGGAUUGACAACAAUACCAGCUUCAUGUCGGUUGACCUGAUCUCGAUCGCUACUCGAAGACCAAAGAUAGUGGAGCGGCUGGUGUCCAACGUUUCUGGACUUCUCGACGCAGGAAAAAUUGCACCCCUUGAUUCUAUCACCACCUUCCCGAUUUCGGACGUAGAGACCGCGUUUAAGGUCUUGCAAAGUGGUAACGUGGGUGGCAAGCUUGUUGUCUUACCAAGAGUCGAUGAUACCGUCAAGGCGACCAUCUCAAGCAAGAACAAUAAGCUCCUCAAAGAAGACGCCUCUUAUGUCCUAAUUGGAGGCACUGGAGGACUCGGUCGAAGUAUGGCUCGAUGGAUGGCCGGCAAAGGUGCCCGUAACAUCGUUCUGGUCUCAAGAACCGGGUCCGCAACUGGUAAAGUCAAGGAGCUGAUCGACGAGCUUGCUGUGCUCGGAGCCAAUGUGAUUGUGCGACCUUGUGAUGUCGCAAAUACUAGCUCGGUCAAUCAUCUUAUCGAGAAAGAGCUCGCUGGCCUGCCUCCCGUUCGAGGUGUGGUUCAUGGCGCGAUGGUGCUUCGUGAUGUAUUGUUCGAGAAGAUGACCUUCGAAGAGUAUUCAACGGUUAUCGAGAGCAAGGUUCGCGGCGCCUGGAAUUUCCACAACGCGCUCCAGAACCAAGCUCUGGACUUCUUCGUCGCCAUUUCAUCAGCCGCUGGUGCCGUGGGCAACCGAGGCCAGGCCGCAUACUCCGCGGCCAACACGUUCCUCAACGCAUUUGUCCAGCACCGCGUCAGUCUCGGCUUGCCGGCCUCCUCAAUCGACUUGACCGCUGUAUCCGACGCCGGGUACCUGGCCGAAAACGCCGACGCUGCAGCCGAGGUGGCCAAGAACCUGGGAAGCGACACGAUCUGCGAAGCCGAGGUGCUGGCCCUCCUCGAAGCCGCCAUCAACGGCCGCCUGGCCUCCGCCUGCAACAACCAUACGAUCACCGGCGUGCGCAUCACCCCGACCCCCCCCUUCUGGACGAACGACGCCAAGUUCAAGCACCUGCGCCUCGCGGCGGCGGAGGAAGCGGCCAGGUCCAACGACAGCUCUUCCAACCCCGACGCCGUCAUCUCCUUCCACGCGGCGCUCAAGGCCAGCAAGACGCUCGAGGAGGCGCAGGACGUCGUGUGCCGCGGCCUGCUGAACAAGCUGCCCUCGGUCCUGAUGAUCGAGGCUGAGGACAUGGACGUCACGCGGCCCCUGUCCAACUACGCGCUGGACUCGCUCGUCGCCAUCGAAGUGCGGAACUUCAUCACCCGCGAGUUCGAGGCGAACCUGCAGGUUCUGGAGCUGCUGUCCAGCGGGUCCAUCGAGACUCUGGCCAAGGUCAUCUGCGGCAAGAGCAAGAUUUUGAAGUUGUAA